AUGGCGUCAACAAAAACACAAGAUGAACGUUUGACUGAAUGGAACAACACUGUUUUGAAAUAUUUGAUUCCAAACGACGUUGUUUUAUCUCUAUACUUGAUACUGGGAACUAUUGGAAAUAUAACAGUUAUUUUGGUAUAUGUUUUCAAAAUGAAAGUAAAACGAGACGACAGAUUUUUCAUACCGGUGCUUGCUUCAGUGGAUUUUAUAGCAUGUCUUGUUGGUGCAUCGUUUGCCUUUGCUUGGAACAUAAUACCGGUAAAGUUCAAUAAUGGAAUUGUCUGUGAAGUACUCUGGUUUGUUUCUCAAGGGGUAACAAUUAUAUCCGCAGUUUUAUUGAUAAUAAUAGCAGUGCAGCGAUACCUUAAAGUAUGUAAGCCAUCAUUUAUUUUUACACAGAAAAUGAAAUAUUUUUGUACUAUUUUGGCUUUUUGUUUCGGAUUCGCAUUUUCAGUUCCAAUAUUUUUCUAUUAUGGUUCGGUAGAAAUUUACAAUCCAAUGCUGAAUGUUACAGGAUUUUGGUGUGGACAAAAGAGACAAAACAUAGAACACGUAAUUAUUUUUGAUAUAAGUGCUGUUAUAGUUGCAGUUAUUGCUUCCAUAGUUCUUAUUAUUCUGUACAUUUUGAUUGGAAAGGCAAUUUAUCGAAAGUUUAUAAUAUUCCAACAAUCUGUGAAACAGGGAAAGUAUACUAAAAAUCAGAGGAGUUCUGUGGAGUUAGAAAGUGUACUAGCGGUUGAUAAAGAUAACGAAAACGAGUCUUCAAGAUCAAGAGCAAACAGUAUCGAAGAUCUCGUCGAAUGCGAUACAUACAGACGAAAAGUGAAACGAGGUUCCGCUGAUACCCUUGAUCAAGGACGUUUCUUCACAAUAGGACAACAUUUUCGAACGCACAGAUAUUCAUACAUGUUUAUGACAAUUACUGCACUAUUUAUCAUUGCAUAUUCACCACGGGUAACACUGAUGCUUUUGGAAAGUAUUGACCCUAAUUUUUGGAACAAACCUAAUGAGGCCAUCGCUGGAUUUUUGUUCCUGUAUAGGAUGUACCUUUUAAAUCAUGCUGUUAAUCCAUUCAUAUAUACCUUUUUCGAUACAAGAUUUCGCAAGGCAGUUUCGGAAAUAUUUUGUUGUUGUUGUGCAACAAAAAAAUCAAUGUCGCUAUGAUCAA